UUCAGAUUAAACACAAUAUAUUUUUACACAACGAAAAUAGUUGUUUCACUGACUGGUUAUAUUGCAAAUUUUAACGGGUUUUUUCGUAUUAAUUUAAAUAAAAUUUAAGACACAUACACAAGGCUUAAACGACUAAUAACUCUACUAAAAUGCAGACACAGAAUGCAAGUGGUGCUGAACUCUUAAAUCAAACCUCAUUGGUUAAUGAACCAAUUGAUGGUGCAGCGCAGUUGGUGGCACAUGACUCAGAAGCAUAUGACUUAAAAAUAAUUGAUUCCAACGAUAAUAUUCAAACUGAAGGGCAAGAUAGCGACAAAAAAAAAAGUCCAACGCCGGUGCCACGCGUAGUAAAAGCAGUUCCUGAACCUGUUUUAACGCUAAAUGACUCAAAUCCAAUUGGUAUCUCGGAGGAACGCCUUCGGCGUUUUAUCACAAGUAAAUUGCCGGAUUUUGCUAUGCCGAAGUACAGAAAAUGUGAGCCAAAGGAUAGAAGGAUUAUUAUGGGUGUACUUGCUGAUAAGCAGUAUACGGACAAGCAAGCUAGAGCCGCACUUCUUAAAUAUAGGUGUGAAUGUGAACCUCCUGAAUUAGGCAUAUUAAUUGACAAGGCGAAAGAGCAAGAUCGACAAAUUUUUCUUGAAGAAAAGCGUCGGCAAAGGUUAAAUGUGGAGCAUCAUGAGUUGCGUUGCCUUAAUAAAGAACUGCAUUUAGCAAAAAUGUCAGCUCACGUUGUUAAGCAAAUGGAAUUGAUAAAAAAAGAAAGGGUUGACCUUGCUCUCAGAAAUGCAGCAGAAGUUAAACAGUACUUGGAAGAUAUAAAAAAAGCUGAAGAAGUUGCUCAGCAAAAAGAAGCAGAUGAAAAAGCAAAGUUUAUUAAACAUACUGAAGCACUUGUAGAACAAAUAAGAAUUCAAAAAGAAAAGGAAGAAGAAGAAUUUCGAGAAAAGUUGCGAGAACGUGAAAGGGUUUUUAAAAUGUUAAGAGAAAUGGAAGAAGAAAGAGCUUUAGAAAAAAUUACAAGAAGACACAAGAAAUUGGAUCGUAAAGAAGAAAUAGCUAAAUUUUUAGAUAUUAUUCAAUUGGAAAGAAAGGAAAAGAAAGAACACUUCGAGAAGUUGACAGCAAUAGUCGGGCGCCCAUUUUUAGAUCAAUUGGAUUCCAAAAGAGAAAAUGUAAGAAAUAAUUAUAUGGCAGCUGUGGCUCGAAGGCAAGAGAGAACAGAACCGGUGUUUAACAGUUUAAAUGAGUGGAUAACAUCGCACGAGGAUAAAGAACGACGACAGUUGGAAUUGCUCAUUGAUGAACGCAUAUAUCAAGAGGAAAUAGAUCAAAAGAAAAAAGAUGCUAUAGCCAGAGAGAAAAAGAAGAUCGAUCACAUUAUAGCGUAUGAUCAAUUAUGUAUGAGUGAAGUACGUAAAGCAAUGGAAAGACAACAUGACACUUACGUAUGCGAAGCUUUUAUGGAACUAUACAGACGUAAAGAAGCUCAUGAAACUAAGAAUGUAGAGGACAAUCGCACUGAUAAAAUAUAUGACUUUAAGCAUUCUAACCUUAAAUUGAUAGCAGAAAAGAAAGAAAAAUGUAAACAAGCCGCUAUACAAAAAAUGCAAGACUAUUUCGAUGAUCUUAAGAAACAAGACUUGAAGAAUCAGGAAAUAGCUACGGAACGUUUGCGCAUACUAAAGAAAACUCCUUAUGAUGAACUGUGUGAGUUACCUAAAGGUGUUUUGACUGAUGAUGAAUUACUAUUAUUUGGAGUUCCGAGAAAAUAAUUGAUAGCCUUUUUUAAAAUUUAAUUGAUUGUGAAGAUUAUCAAGAGUGAGUCAUUCAAAUGAAAAUGAAAAAUUUACAUUUUUAAACAGUUAUUAAAGCAUAUUUUGAUAAAACUAUAGAAUGAUGCAGUGUGUUUUG